AUGAUGCUGGCAAAGAAGACGCUUUCCCGAGCACCAGCUGCUAUAAGGAGCGGAUUGACGUCGAGGACCAAUCAGGUGCGCGGCAUGGAGUCGAUGUUCGAUCCGUAUGAAAAUGGUGUGCCCAGAAUGCCCGCGAUGCGAAAGGAUCUGAAAAAGAAGGAGCCCGUGGACAACACCAAGGUGCCGCUCAAGGACCUGUGUUGGAUGUCGAUGCGGCGCAGUGAGUACAAGUGUCGUUCCGACCCCGAGUUCAAUGUCCCGUCCUUCAUUGACACCCGCAAGAGGUGCCUGGCUGAUCCCUGCGCGACGUCCUAUCCGCCCUCUGACCUCAUCUUCUACAAGCCCACCGACAAGCUGAACCGCAAGUACCAGCGCACCUGGUGCGAGUGCGAGCUGAAAGAGCGCAAAAGGAAGGCAGUCUGCCGGUGCCGUCCGCCCAACUUCUUUCGACGGCCCCUUCGAACCCCGCCGCUCCAGGCUUCACAGGUUUGCCCCGAUGGCAACGAGAGCCUGGGGCUGGGGCUUUGCCGCCCGAAGCCAGCGAAGAGCUCCUGCCCCAGGUUCAAGAUGCCCUUCUGUAAGCCGGCCUCCAAAAAGGGCUGCCGGCCUGGACGCCCUCAAUCCAAUGUCAUUCGCCUCAGGACCAAGUACCCCAGCUUUUCGGAGUGCCAAACGUAUCCGCUUCCCGAUGUGCCUCCCACCCAGUGCUUCUGCAUCAACCAGCCGCCCAUGUGCGUGGUUUGGAACUACUACCGCAUGAAGAAGUCUUAGUUGCCUAGGUCGUCCUACAGUUACCAAUUGCCAAGCAUAAGAUUCGAAUAAACAACAGGAUAUACAAUA